UCGUGCACGACGCACUGUCUGGCGCCGCUGGCCAAGGUGGCGCACGGCAAGUUCGGCAUCAAGGAGGGUCUGAUGACGACGGUGCACACUGCGACGGCGCCGCAGAUGACGGUGGACGGUCCGUCGAAGAAGGACUGGCGCGGCGGCCAUGGCGCGUACUUCAACAUCAUCCCCACCUCAACGGGCGCCGCCGAGGCUGUAGGCAAGGUGAUCCCGGACCUGAACGGAAAGCUGACGCGCACGUCGUUCCGUGUACCGACGGCGGACGUGUGUGUGGUGGACAUGACUGCUCGUCUGGUGAAUCCCGCUUCGUACGACGAGCUCCAUUCA